AAACUCAAUAAUAUCAGUCCUAUCCCCUAAUACGUGUUCCAGGUCCCCCCAAAAAAAGAAUCCUUAUACGUGCAAAUGCAUGUAUACCCACUGUUCGCAGCUAUGGGAUUCGCCGUCGGCAUGUGUGGCCUGCAGUUGAUUCGUAAUAUCUGCUACAACCCUGAAGCCAGGGUGAAGAAGGAUAACAGAUUAGCAGGAGUGAUGGAGAACGAAGCAGAAGGAAAGAAGUACGCAGAGCAUACUCUGAGGAAGUUUGUGGGAAACAGAGCACCAGAGAUUAUGCCUUCCAUCAACUUCUUUGCUGAUCCAACUUUCUUUGUUCCCUUCAGAAACAAACAAUGCCAAUAAUAUUUUUAGAUUCUUUCUA